AUGACCGUAGCGAUCUCUAGCCAGCUCCGCCAGCAGCUUGAAGAGUAUGCCGGUGUCGCACUGCAUCCUCUGUUCCAAAGCUCACAGCAGACCAUCACAAACCCCCGGGCACCCUCCUCAAGAAGCGUUUCUGCGACACCUGGUGCUACGAACGCUGCAACUCCAGCAUCCCUAGUCGAUACAGCCCCCAGAAAGGGCAACGUGCUGGUAUCCUCCCAGCAACUCUCCAUGGGCGAUAACGAACUAAAUCCCGACGACGCCUACCGCUGCGUCGUGAAUCUAAACAUCAAUCUACACAACAGACUCUACACAGAUAAAUUCGAAUGGUCACUACUGCACUCGCAAGGACUGGCUGAGGAAUUCGCGCGCGUCACAUGUGCAGAUUUAGGCUUAGGUCCCGAAUGGGUCAGCGCCGUGGCGCAUGGGAUCUAUGAAGCCGUGUUGAAGUUGAAGAAGGAAGUAUGUGAGAGCGGCGGGCUGAUUAGCGGCCUGGGCGGGUAUGGAAAUGAGAUUGACAACCAGGCUGCGAAUGGUCAGGAGGCCGGAUGGCGGUAUGAUCCCGACGGACUAGGGGAUGAAUGGGAGCCGAAGGUGGAGACGUUGUCGAAGGAGGAGAUUGAGAAAAGGGAGGGGGAUCGGGAGAGGCAGAUUCGCCGGUUACGGAGGGAGACAGCAAGGUUUUCGUCAACGAGUGGGAUCGUGCCGGAGUUGACGAGGCAGCAGAGCUCGUCCGGUGGUGGAUAUUUCGAUAUUCCAGAUGAGGGAAUGGGGAGGGGGGAGAGGAGUAAGAAGAAGCGUCGGUUUCGGAGUCUUAGUCCUCUUGGGGGAAGGAGUGGCACGCCCGGUGGUGGUGGGAGGGGCACACCCGAUACUGGGGCCGGAGCUGGAUAUGGUGGUGGGGGAGGAACGCUUAGUGACUGGGAGAGGCAAACGUGGCGCUGUGCUAAUUGCUCCGUCUGGGGCACGGCGGUUUGGGCUGUUAGAGAUGGACCAGCCGGGCCAAGGACAUUAUGCCACAACUGCGGCCUCCUCUAUGAACGCGAUAAACGGAUACCAGCAUGGUCCACGGCACUGCAUCGCAUUGACAUACCAGCGGGGCGUUGA